AUGGAAAGGCCCCUGCCGUGGGGCGGCUCGGUCUCCCCCGUUCCCCAAGAGGUGGUGGCAAGGAGGUCCGACAGCAGGGCGUGGGCACCAUCCACCUCAGCCACACGUGCAGAGGCCCUGCGCAAAUACCAGGAGGCCCCAGCUGGGAACACCAUGAACCCGAUUUGGACAGGGAAAUUGGACUCAGAUCUGAGCCAGGGCAAUACUGGUGGCAGGCCGGAAUAUGCUGAGGACGAUGAGGAUGAGUCCCACCUUCCUGCAUUCAAGCGCACUACCACAGCAUGGAAAGAGGUGGUUGCCAAGAGGAGCGACACGAAGGCGUGGGCACCUUCCACUUCGGCCUCUCGUGCAGAGGCCCUGCGCAAAUACCAGGAGGCCCCAGCUGGGAACACCAUGAACCCGAUUUGGACAGGGAAAAUGGAUGCAGACGCACGCUGCAGCAGUGUGAGCACGUCAGAGGCUGCCGAUGAUGACGAAGACGAGUCCUAUCUGCCGGCGUUCAAACGCAAGACCACUGCAUGGAAAGGCAAGCUCGAGGGCAAAGGGCGUCGGAAGAAAGUCGAAGAAUCCUAUGUGACAUCCGUUGCCAGGCCGCUCCCGUGGGGCGGCGCCGUGGGCCCCAUCCCGCAGGAGGUCGUGGCGAAGAGGAGGGACACCAAGGCUUGGGCGCCCUCAACGUCGGCCUCCCGGGCGGAGGCGCUCCGCGUGCAUGCAGAGGCACCGGCCGGAAACACCAUGAACCCCAUUUGGACCGGGAAAAUGGACGCAGGCGCCCAGAAUGGCCGAGAGAAGCGCGCCAGCAGCGUGAGCACGCCGUCGACUCCUGGCGAGUGCCAGGGUGAGGAUGAUGAAGACGCGCAUCUCCCAAGGUUCAAGAAAACCACGACCGCAUGGAAAGGCAAGCUGGAGGGCAAGAACCGGGCGCCCGAUCCCCCGGCCCACCCCUGGGCGGCCUCCGUGGCCAGGCCGCUCCCCUGGGGCGGCGCGGUGGCCCAAGUCCCGCCGGAGGCCCGGGCGCGCCGGAGCAACAACAAAGCCUGGGCGCCCUCCACAUCGGUGGCCCGCGCGGACGAGCUGCGCAAGGAGCUAAAGUACCUGGACGUCAUCCAGCAGCAGAUGCGCAUGGGGCGGCGCAGCGCCGAGCUGAGGCCCACGCCGCCCAACACGCCGCCGCUGGCGGGCGGCGGGCAGCGGGGGAGCCCGGAGAAAGCCAGGUCCGCGAGCGUCGAGGCAAGGUCCAUCCCGGAUGGGGCAGGAGAGUGGGGCCGGGAUGAGCUCUGCGCCCAUCCUCUCGAUGACGGCACGCGCUCUGCCGAGGAAUGGUCGAUCGACGAACGGGCGGACGAGGGGCUCGAGGAGGCGGCCGAUGCGCGGGGCCGGGGGUCCGUGGCGGAAGACGUCAGUCGCGAGACGUCGGUUGUUGGGGGAGCCGACGGCGAGGCGGAGGUGGGCAUGGUGUGCGGGGAUGCGGACGACGAGAAGGCGCUGUUCCUGGGCAAGGCAUCGUUCGCGGGUGUGAUCGCGGCUGCAGAGGAACUCGUCGAGGAGGCGAAGCAGGUGGUGUCGGCGGCGGAGAGGGACGUGGCAGACAUGGCGGCGAUCUGCGAAGACGCCAAGGAGAAGGAGGAGGAAGAGGCCGAAGCGCAGAAAGACGCGGAGGCGGAAGCCGAGGGAGAGGCGAAUGCGAAUGCGGGAGUCGAAGCUGUUUCGCAGGGGCAGACGCUGUUGCCGGCGGCAGUGCUGGAUGGCGGCGUGUCGGCGGAAGCUGAGCAGGAGGCGCCAGUAUGCGAAGUCGGGGAAGGGGAGAGCGAAGAGGCGCAGUCGCCCGGGGCGGCAGUGGGUGGCAGCGCAGUGGGGGACGCCGAGGGAAACGUCAUGGAGGCGUUGGAGGAGGAGAAGAUGGACGAUGGGGAGGGGACGGGGCCGAUUGGUGCACUAGCAGAUGUUAGCAGGGAAGAGGGCUCACAGCAGGAUGCCAGGCUGAAAUGCGAAGGGCAGGACGUGACAGCGCCAGAGGGCCUGUUGCCGUGCGAUGUGCAGGAGGCGGACACAAGCAAGGAAGUGAAGUCGCUCGCCCAGGAGCCAGCAGCUGGACCUGCGGCGCUCAAGGAGGCGAUGGGCGCUGUCAAGCAGGCUUUCGCCAGCAGGCUACCAAGGCCUCCUACAAAUGGAAUGGUGGUGAGUGGGAAGAAGGAAGCUGACAAUGUGGUGUCCGGGGCUGCUUUGGGAGAGGGCGUGCAGACAUCGAGUGAAAGGGAGCAUGCGACAGAGUCUGUGGCUGAUGUCGGGAACUUUGAGCAGGUCGUCGAGCUCAAGGUGCAGUCGAACGAAGGGACCACAGGUGCCCCGGUGGUCGACGCCCAUCACAAGGAACACGAGGCUGGGGAAGAAACAGCGGAUGUUAGUGGGCGAGAUGGCUGUACUUUGGCUGCUUUGUCUGCCUCUGUUUCAAAACAGGAUGGUGCAGAGGCUUGUGAGGAUGCAGCUGCAGGGAGACCAAAGUCACCUGCAAAGAAGAUGGGAGUUGCGGCCAUGUGGGCUGCGAAGCACGCUGCAGCUCAGAAGGAGAAUACGGUCAUGGUACCCAAGCCAGCUGUGAAGAAGGGGGGGGUUGCUGCACUGUGGGCUGCAAAGCAGGCCGAAGCUCAGAAGGAGAAUGCCGAGGCGGAGGCGAGGGUGGCCCCAAAGAGAAUGGGGGCUGCAGCUAUGUGGGCUGCAAGGCAGGCCGAUGCACAAACAGAAAACAUGGCAACAGUCGAGUCGAGGCCGCCUGUGAAAAAGGUUGGUGUCACAUCCACCUGGGCGGCGAAACAGGCAGAGGGGGACAAGGAGGCGGCUGCGGCAAGCGGGCCAAAGGCGACCAUUGAGAGGGGUAGUGUGCCUACAUGGGGUGCCGAAAAUGUCGACAAUGUCAGGAAGGUUGCUGAUGUGCCCAGGGCGAAGUCACCAUUGAAGAAGAAUGAGCCAGAGGGCGCUGAGGAUGGAAAGAUGGACGUGAGGAUGAUGUGCAAGCUGUUCGCACAGAUGGGCGAGAAGUAG